UAUUGGUUCAUUCAAUUUGGGAAGCAAACAAUACAGGUUAGAAACAGAGUCUCUCCCCUGUUGCCCCAUUUAUGAGCAUCACCACCCCAUCUUCUUUCUCCCCCUCUCCAACAAAAUUAUUUAAUUCCAUUUCAAAAUCUUAGCUCAAUUAUUUAUUAUCUUCCUCUCCAUUUACAUCCUAUAAUUUCUUUCUUCCUUUUUCUUUCAUUUUCUCCCUCUCCCUCUCCCAUUUCUCCAAAAUUCUGGAUUUAGAUUUCAAUGGAAGGCGUUUCAGUGAGCGUUUACAAUGGCCUUAGGCGCUAUUUGAGGAGGAAAAGCUACCGGAAACUCGCUGCGUCUGUGGGUCGUAGAACGGAUACAGCCCAACUUGGGGCAGCCGGAGGAGGGAGGCGCCGCCGUCGGAUUUGGCGGAUCAAGAUCUCCCCUAAGCUCAGGCUUUUCCGGCGAAUGCCGUCACUGAAGAAACUGCUUCUUUGGCUGAGGGAUUCUUAUGUUAAAGCGAUGUUGGCAUUUGCCAACUCGAGGGUCAUCGGCUCCGGCAGCGGCAGCGGGGGUGGCGAUGGGAUCUGGGGUGGCGCCGGGAGGAGCACUUUGAAGGAGUAUGAUGAGAAAAUGAUCACUGAGAUCUAUAAGUCGUUGGUGGUGGCGCAGGGACGGUUGCCUCCGCCGGAAACUGUCCGGCCGAGUUGGGGUGGCGGGCGGUUGCCGACGGUGGCGGAAUAAUCCGGUGGAUUUUAUGGGGUAUGGAGAUGGACGGUAAGGAUCCAGUGGGAAGAAAAUCAAAUCCUAUCCGCUGAUUCUUUUUUUACCCUUCUUUUUUUUUCCCCAUUUUCCUCUCUAUUUUCACCCUAACUUUUUGAAGUGUAAUGUUUUUUUUUUUACCUUAGGGAGUUAAUUGAAAUAUUACCUGGUUGUUGUCAUAGUUAAAUAUAUAAUUACAUUAAUAAAGAAAAAGUACCAAAUCUUAAACACUAUAA